CAGAAUUCCUAGUGCCUAUUCUUUUGGGGUGCAAAUGCUGUCAAAUGCUCAGUCUAGUUCCAAACUUAUAGAUCUUGAAGGAUAUCGUACUAAGUCCGCCUCCUUGAUGAAGAUGGAAGGGAUAACAAGUGGGAAGAAGAGGAAGAAAACGUCAAUUGAGCAGCCGCUGGACCCUCCUGCAGAGAAAAUUCAUAUAAGAGGUGAUGAGAAAGUGGAAGAGGCAAUGUUGCCUGAUGCUCGUGAGAAGAAGAAAUUUACUCCUAUUCGCAGGCGAAUAAAGAUACAGGAUCUCCGGAGGCAAAUUAAAUUGGGGACCCGAAGCAGAUUUCAUGCCAAGGAGUGGAUUUGUGAAAAUUGCACUUGGACCAAUAAGCCCCAGAAGCAUUUAAUUGCGUAUCUUCCUCCUUUCUUUUGCGAAAAUUGCCAAUAUGAUCUUCUUAAAAUGGGUAAUUAUGAAUUUUCAUUUUCAAUGGCUGAUGUCACUGUAAACGGCUUUUCACCAAUUGGCAAUAUCAAGGAUCAAGGAAAUACAGGUGUCUUCCUGGAUUGCAUUUGUCUGAUUUAUGUUCUUUAUUUUAUGACUGUUUGCUUCUAGUUUGCUUACGAUGUUUUCUAUUUGAUUUAGAU